AUGAUCCUGGAUGUUCCUUCCCUAUAUGAUGUGUGCCUACGGUUAGAGGAAAGUCAUCCUGAUUUCCAAGACUGCAUUGAUGCUGUAAAAAAUAAUGACAUAUCCGUGAAGAAAUUGGCUAUUCAGAUUGUACUCAGGUUUUUCGACGACUUUCCGGAUAAGAGAGCGGCUGCUCUGAAUACAUUAAUGUCGCAGUUGAGGAAUCCAGACGUUGAGGUACACAUUAAGAGGUCUUUAUCACGUAGUUCGUCAUUAUUACAUUAUUGUAUACCCUUCUAA